AUGGAUUUACAACACUGCAUAUAUAACACAGAAAAACUAUUUGCCACAAGAAGAUAUACUGAAGGAGAAGAUAUUUUUGAAACUGAUGAGUUGGACGAUAAAGAUGACAAAGAGUAUAAAGAUGACAAAGAGUAUGAAGAUGACAAAGGGUAUAAAGAUGACAAAGGGUAUAAAGAUGACAAAGGGUAUAAAGAUGACAAAGGGUAUAAAGAUGACAAAGGGUAUAAAGAUGACAAAGGGUAUAAAGAUGACAAAGGGUAUGAAGAUGACAAAGGGUAUGAAGAUGACAAAGGAUAUGAAGAUGACAAAGGGUAUGAAGAUGACAAAGGGUAUGAAGAUGACAAAGGGUAUGAAGAUGACAAAGGGUAUGAAGAUGACAAAGGGUAUGAAGAUGACAAAGGGUAUGAAGAUGACAAAGGGUAUGAAGAUGACAAAGGGUAUGAAGAUGACAAAGGGUAUGAAGAUGACAAAGGGUAUGAAGAUGACAAAGGGUAUGAAGAUGACAAAGGGUAUGAAGAUGACAAAGGGUAUGAAGAUGACAAAGGGUAUGAAGAUGACAAAGGGUAUGAAGAUGACAAAGGGUAUGAAGAUGACAAAGGGUAUGAAGAUGACAAAGGGUAUGAAGAUGACAAAGGGUAUGAAGAUGACAAAGGGUAUGAAGAUGACAAAGGGUAUGAAGAUGACAAAGGGUAUGAAGAUGACAAAGAGUAUGAAGAUGACAAAGAGUAUGAAGAUGACAAAGAGUAUGAAGAUGACAAAGAGUAUGAAGAUGACAAAGAGUAUGAAGAUGACAAAGAGUAUGAAGAUGACAAAGAGUAUGAAGAUGACAAAGAGUAUGAAGAUGACAAAGAGUAUGAAGACGACACGUAA